UCCUUUAGGUGGUACAAGUUCAUUUCGAUUUCAAACAUCGGACUGUGAAGUAGUACCAUAACCAUAAAAUCAUACGAGUAUAUCGGGUCAGUCAGUGCGAGUGAUCACUAGUCAAUAUGACAAGGUUUUUUUAUAUGUUCAAUUAUAUGCAUGUUCGCGAAUGUUGUUCUGGCUUCGAAGUCUUUGCCUCCUUACAUCACACCUUGUAAAAAAACUGAUCCCAAAUUAAAUGAAUGUGCCAAGCAACAUGCUAUAGAGGCAUUGCCCUCUCUUAUAAAAGGGGACAAAGCAUAUAAAAUUCCUAGUUUCGACCCAUACGUAAUACCGGCUGUGGAAACAAGUGGUACGAGUGGUAUCAACUUAAAUCUCAAGAAUUUACGCCUGUACGGUUUGGACAAAACAGUAGUAAGAGCAGUUAAAACCGAUAUAAAGAAUAAUCAAAUAGUAGUAGACGUAUUCAUACCUGAGACAAGGACCGAAGCUGAUUAUACAAUAGUGGGAAAACUAUUCGCCAUAGAUAUUAAUGGAGAGGGGCCUGCAUCAAUUAGGAGAUAAAAUACCUCGGCAAUAUGUACGGUAGAUUACAAAUUAAUCACCAAAAAGGAUGGAAAGCGGUAUGUAGAUCCAGACACACUCAAAUCCCAUUUGGACCUAAACGAUGAUAAAACUCAUUAUUAUUUGGGAAAUCUCUUUGGGGGAAAUAAAGUUUUAGAGGACAUCUUUAACAACGUGCUCAAUGAGAAUUCUAAAGAAGUAGAUGACAUUUCAAAGGAAACAAAUAUAUCAAUAGUCAGUAGUAUUGUAGUAACAGUUUUCAAGUCUAUAUUUAUAGUACCUUUCGACGAUAUCUUUGUAGAUUAAAAUCAGUAUCAAUUGUAUAUAAUAUUCGGUGUACAUAAGUUUUUAUAAGCAUUACUUUAAGAAUAAAUACAAAGGAUUAAAUAAAA